CACUUCUUAAAGCUCCAUACGGCUACAUAUUAACUAAAGGAGCUUCGUUUAUCACAUAAAUGAUUCAGGCGCCUCUUGGGCGUUGAUUCAAAAUUCGACUCUGCCCAACCUCUGCUCCACACAUAAAGUGACGACCUAUUCAACUCUACUACGCUCUCUACCUAGACCCUGUCACGGCUAGGAACUACCAGCCCAGUAUACUUUGGUAUAUGGAUAAGAAGAGAUCCGGCUAACAGGAUAUCAUUCUUUGGGGAAUGGCAGCCGCAAAACGGAGCCUAUCAAUCGUAUCAUUCGUCAGAGGCUCGCUCACGUGAAGCUGUACCUUAAGAGGCUACGCCCUGGACACUUCAUCCUAGAGCUAUACUCUCUCGGAAAUACUCCGCGGUUGACAUAGGCUUCGGGGAAGAGGAUCCAUUCCAGGUAUCCUAACGACCGUUUUAUUUCAUUGGUUUUCCGGCAUUGAGCUCUCGGCACUAAAAUCAUCAAGAUACGGAAGGCUCCGUACGCCCAAGUGUCAAAGAGAUGUCUCAGAAUCAUCAACAACAGGAGCUUCCUGAUGGCGCGAAUCUUGAGGACAGGCUCCGCGGCUUAAUUAUGAACAACUCACCAGGUCCUGUUAUUCAAGACCAAAGGCAGCCAGCCGCUCCAGCAUCUGUUCCUACGAUUCCUCCUCAUAUGAGAGGUGCUUCGUUGGCUCAGCAGCAAGACUAUUUGCAGAGAAGUAUGAUGCGUACUCAAGGCCCACCUGCACAGCCAGUGCAGCAAGCUCCGCCUCAGAAGGCCCCUCAAACUACUCACAAGCGCCUUAAUCAAUUUCAGCGCCGACAGCUCGCUUCGCAAAUGGCUAUUCCUGUAAAUGAUAAAGCCUCAGUGUCUACCGCCCCGCAAGGGAGCCCUGGAUUCCAUGGUACCCAACAUCUUUCUCACCGUCUUGCUGGCAAUCCGCAGAAUAGUGUCAUGUUCCAGCAGCAGUCAGAACAAAUUACCUAUCAGCAGGACUUUCAACGUGGCCCCAUGCCUCAGUCAGUUGUGCACCGUGGCCCAGGGUUCCAAGAUACCCACGUGAGAGGCCCGCCUCCUGGGCUUGGUGGUGAAUUUAGAGGGCAAGCCCCUGGGUAUCAGCAAGGCCAUUCCCAACAGCAGUGGCAGCAAGGUCGUCAGAAUUUCCAGCAAGAUCGCCAGAGCUUCCAACAAGGACCAUCACAGUUUCAACAGCGCCCACCCCCGCAGAAUCGUCAACUGUUCCAACCGGGAGGAUAUGGAGCACCUCUUCGUACUAUAGCUCCCUAUGGCGUCUCGCCAGAGCAGAUCGCUGCCCAGAGUGAUUUUCUUGAGAGCUUGGUCCAGGCAAUCGUUCCUCAUGUUGGAGUUAAUACCGAGGAGAUUGCGGAAAAAGAGGCCUUCAGAGCAAAAGCCGAGCAAGUAUGUCGGGAUGCAGUUGUCAAGUACGAGCGAGAGGAGCUAGGGAAUCAGGACUUUGUGCCUGAGUCAGUGCAGUUGACGUGCUUUGGGAGUAUGGCGUCUGGGUAUGCAACUAAGGGAUCGGAUAUGGAUUUGGCAUUGCUCAGUCCGUUGUCUUUGAUACCUCCGGAGUCCUCUGAAUCCCCGAUCCCGAGAAUACUUGAGAAAGCAUUGCUUGAGUGGGGGUGUGGUGCGAGGCUGUUAACGAGAACACGAGUUCCGAUUAUCAAGUUGUGUGAGAAGCCAACUGAGAAACUAAGGGCCGACUUACUUCAAGAACGAUUGAAGUGGGAGAAUGGGUUUGAUGUGGAUGAACCUGAUGAGGAUGUCGUUGAGGAGGACUUAGAUGCUGUCGAGAAAGACGAGGUACCGGAGAACGCCGAGAAGCCCACAGUUGCUGUAAUCGAAAAAGCGAAGACUGCUGAAGAGAUAUACACCGAGACACUGUCCACUUUCCGUCAAAAGAAGAACCUCUCCCUUGGCGAUUACUAUGGCUCUGCGAAACGACUUUUGCGGCAGUUAGGAGGACGGGAUGUCGGGGCAGCGUAUGGAACGAACCCAACUGAAGAUGAGGUUAGAAUCCUCGCAGAUGUUUGCGAAGCCUUUGUCAACGGUCUCGAGAACCAGGAACUCAGGGAUCAGCUUGUCCAAUACAAGUCCCUAGUCUUCGACCGAGUCGGAAACCCUGCAAUGGCAAAAUCUCUUGGUGGAGUCUAUCAACAGAUCGAAGGAGAGCGCCUAGCCAUGGCAUGGAGCUCUAGACCUUUGCCAGAGAUGACUGAGCGGUCGGAAGGGUUUUCGGAUGAUCUGAUCAAGCAAUGGAGGACGCUAUUAGACUGCAAUACAGCAGAGUCUGCAGUGUACAAUAGACGGCUUCACCAAUCACUGGAAAGGUUGAAGAAGGUAGCUUCGUUGCAACUCGUAUUCCUUGAGCAUCAGGAAAAUGAGAGCGCAGCGCAGUACUAUGCGAGAGUUCGCAAGCUCUUGCUCGAACUUGGUGGCAAGGAUGAGCCUGGUGCCGAGAAUACUGCUCUGGCUAUUGUGAUCACACACUACAUCAACGGCGCGAGGGGCAUCAAAAUCCGCGAAACCCUACAGUCCAUAGUUUCUCGGAACCCGCCUCUUUCUCUCAGCACAAUCGGCCUCCAUCACCGAAUCCUCGAAUUAGCGCGCGACUUUGAGAAAGCAUUAGCUAAAAAUACCUACCAAGAAGCAGACCGCCCAUAUGUUGAGAUGUACAUCUCUGUCCUGCUAUCAGCCAGCACUGGCACAGAAACCUCGGCACCGCUCCUACCAUCUACACCACACCUCCUCCCCCUCCUCGAGAAAAUCGCCACCCUCCCCGACCCAACGCACGCCUGCAAGCCCCGGGACCGCUACCAUGACCACCUCGAGUUCCCCAAAACGAAAAUCGGUAUCCAGUGCGAUAUCAAUUUUGCCGCCUCGCUCGCCCUCCACAACACAACCCUCCUGCGCUGCUACUCCCUCACCGAUCCGCGCAUCAAGCCGAUGAUCCUCUUCGUUAAGCACUGGGCCAAACGCCGCGCCAUCAACACGCCCUACCGCGGCACCCUCUCCAGCUACGGCUACGUCCUAAUGGUGCUCCACUACCUCGUCAAUAUCGCCCAGCCCCCCCUUGCACCAAACCUCCAACACCACAACCCUCCUCCACACGCUCCCGCCAUCGCACCACAAACCUGCCAAGGCGCCAACGUCACUUUUUGGCGCGAUGAGCGCGAACUGACCGACCUUGCACGCCGCGGGCUGCUGAACCAUAAUGGCGAAAGUGUCGGGUCGUUGCUGAGGGGAUUCUUCGAGUACUACGCGCAGAACGGGCCGAUGAGCGGUGGUGGUGGACGCGGAUUCGAUUGGGGACGCGAAGUACUCAGUUUGCGGACUCGAGGCGGCUUGCUCACGAAGCAGGAGAAGGGGUGGGUAGGCGCUAGAACCGUGACGCAAACUACUACCGAGGCUGCGCCGGCGGCAACAACAGCGGUAGCUAACGGAACCGGUGCGCCGGGGUCGCCUGGUGCAGCGCGGAAGGUGGUGCGCAAGGAGGAGGUGAAGGAGAUUCGGCACCGGUACCUGUUUGCGCUUGAGGAUCCGUUUGAGCUUGAUCAUAAUGUGGCGCGCACGGUGACGCAUAAUGGGAUUGUGGCGAUUCGGGAUGAGUUCCGGAGGGCGCUGAGGGUGGUGAGGGGUGUGGGGAGGGGAGGGGGAAAGGAUGAGGGGGGGUUGCUGGAUGAGGUUAGAGCGGAGGAGGGAGGGAAGGAGGGAGUGGUGGAGGGGAUGAAGGUUAUUCAUGGGCUUGGGGCGGAGUUUGGGGGUGCUACGGCUGAGGCUUGA